UUGAACAUUCAUCAUUCUUACUACUUCUGCUGUCCUUCAAGAAAUAGAAAUGGAUCAUCUUGCGAAUGCCUUCGCGGCGCUCCUCGCCCUGGCAUUGUUCUGCAGUGCUGCCGAAGGAGUAUUUGUAACAGUUGAUGCAGUUGCGGAGGUUUGCUUUCACGACGAUGUGAAAACCCACACGAAAAUGGGACUCACAUUUGAAGUUUCUGAAGGUGGAUUUCUAGACAUUGAUGUGAAGAUCAACGGUCCGGACAACAAGGAGAUUUACGCCGGUACUCGCGAGACCAAUGGCAAAUAUACGUUCUCUGCGCACAUGGAUGGCGUGUACACCUAUUGCUUCAGUAACAAGAUGUCCACUAUGACACCUAAGACUGUGCUGUUCAAUAUGGACAUUGGCGAAAAGGAGAAGAAAGAAGAUGAAUCUGAGCACCAUAACCAGUUGGAGGAGAUGGUAGCGCAGCUCUCCACGGCGCUCACAAGCGUCAAACACGAACAGGACUACAUGGAAGUGCGAGAGCGUAUCCACCGCAUGAUCAACGACAACACCAAUUCCCGCGUGGCGUGGUGGGCAUUCUUCGAGGACUUCAUCCUCAUCUGCAUGACGGUCGGACAGAUCUACUACCUCAAGCGCUUCUUUGAAGUGCGACGCGUCGUGUAAAUUCCCCAGCGUGGGACAGUGCUGUAUUAUCUCCGGUGCUUGAAGAAGAGAGAGUGAGUGAGCCUGUGUGUGUGUGUGUGUGUGUGUGUGUGUGUGUGUGUGUGUGUGUGUGUGUGUGUGUGUGUGUGUGUGUGUGUGUGUGUGUGUGUGUGUGCGCGUACGUGCAUGACAGAUGGACAUUAGCGAUAGCCAGUGUGUGCGUAAAUAACUUCAAGCAUCGUGUACAAAUUGUGCAUACCGUCCAGGUCUGCAAGCGUGUGUUGCUUCAUCUCUUUGGCUGUUUUCGUAUUUUCCGUUUCUUCGGUUCUGACCAAAUUUUAAAUGAUUAUUCUUUUACGGCGGGCAGCGAGUGCCCGUCUGCAAUAAUGCUGGUGCUUGGGAACAACACGUGACAUUUUUGUUCAACUGAAAACUGCGUUGCUACGUUGCGCCCCUUG